GGAGGUGUGUAGAGCUUCAGAUUGCACAACUCAGAGCGUUUGACUCAUCGACUGUGAUCUUCCUUUCAGACAGGAGGAGGUGGAGGAGGUGGAGGAGGAGGAACCACUGCUGCUCUUCAGUUUCAGACUCAACAACGACAAGAAACAAAGCAGAAGUCCGACAGGAUCCACUCAUCAUAUUUAUAUAUUUAUUUAUCUGCUGCUGGAGAACAUGUGAAGCUUCACACUCGACGCUGAAUUCUGGUCAGUGUUUCAUGUUGAUGUGAGCUGAUUAAAACAGUUUGUUUUUAUUUUAUUUAAGCAUCAGAGACAACGAAGAUGUAAACAGGAGGCUGAUGAGAUGGAAAAUCGUCUUUUGAGACAGAAGAAGUGUGAAGCAGCAGCCGGCGCUUUAAUGAACAAAGACGACCAGAGAUUUCAAAUAGAAGAUGAAGUCUGAAGCUCAAAGUCCAAGCUUCAACAAAAAACUAAAAAUAUGAAGUUUGGAAACAGACUGUGUUUGUAAAGUUGAAUAAUAUGAAGUUUGGAAGUCUUUGUACCCUGAAUGUCGGCGGUCGACGCUUUUCUUUCUCAGCUGAGCUGAUGAAGCGCCUCCCGCUCAGCAGACUCAGCCGGCUGCAUCGCUGCGUGUCGGAAAGUGAGCUGCUGGAGCUCUGCGACGACUAUGACCGCGACAGAAAUGAGUUUUUCUUUGAUCGGCACUCUGAGGCUUUCAGCUUCAUCAUGCUGUACGUGCAGCACGGGAAGCUACGCUUUGUGCCGCACAUGUGCGAGCUGUCCUUCUAUAACGAGAUGCUGUACUGGGGCCUGGAGAGCGCCGACCUGCAGCCGUGCUGCCAGCGACGCCUUGACGACCGCCUGUCCGACUGCUUCGUCCACUUUUUCCCAGAGGAGGAGCCACGAGCCCCAGAGGAGCCCCAGAGUCCCUGGCUGGAGAGGAUGAGGAGGACAUUCGAGGAGCCUGCGUCCUCGCUGGCGGCGCAGAUCCUCGCCUCUGUGUCGGUGCUGUUUGUGGUCAUCUCCAUGGUGAUGCUGUGUGCCAGCACCUUGCCAGACUGGAUGACUGCUGAGACAACAGACCAGCACAGGAUCAUCGAGGCGGUGUGUAUCGGUUGGUUCACAGCAGAGUGUAUUGUCCGUUUUCUCGUGUCUCGGGAUAAAUGUGAAUUUGUCUGCCGCCCUCUGAACGUCAUCGACCUGCUGGCCAUCACACCGUACUACAUCUCCGUCACUGUGACGACCCUGACGGGGGAGAAUUCUCAGCUGCAGCGAGCCGGCGUCACGCUGCGCGUCCUGCGCAUCAUGCGGAUCUUCUGGGUCAUCAAACUCGCUCGUCACUUCCUGGGUCUGCAGACGCUCGGCCUGACGCUGCGCCGCUGCUACCGUGAGAUGAUGAUGCUGUUGGUCUUCAUCUUUGUCGCUAUGGCAAUCUUCAGUGCAUUGGCUCAGCUGCUGGAGCAUGGCCUGGACUUGGAGUCAGGAAAUCAGGACUACGCCAGCAUCCCUGCCGCCAGCUGGUGGGUCAUCAUCUCCAUGACAACAGUGGGGUACGGGGACAUGUAUCCGGUGACCGUGGCGGGCCGAGUGCUGGGUGGUCUGUGCGUGGUCAGCGGCAUUGUGCUGCUGGCGCUGCCCAUCACCUUCAUCUACCACAGCUUCAUCCAGUGCUACCAUGAGCUCAGGGUGCGCUCUGCCCGCGGCAUGCCCAGCCUAUCCGCCGAGUUCAUCCACUGACCGAAGAGCAGAGCUGCCGGAAAGGAG